AUGCUCGCACCUUUUAUAUUACUGGCAUCGGCGCCACUGAGCGUACUGGCUGCCGACAUUCUCAAGACCAACGGUUUCAGCUCCUGUCUGGAAGGCACAGGAGACAUCAAGGUCAACAAGCUGAAUAUCGAGUUCGACCGCUCCAUUAAGAAGGUCAAAUUCGAUGUGUCCGGCACCAACGAAGUUGAGCAGAAGGUUAUGGCAAUCCUUACCGUAAACGCAUACGGCAGAGAAUUGUACAACAAAGAGUUUGACCCUUGCGAUGGCGAAUACAAGGUCGACCAGCUAUGUCCAGUUCCCAAGGGUACUUUCGGUGCACAGGGCGAGCAGAGUAUCCCCGACAGCAUCAUGUCCCAAAUCCCCAGCAUCGCCUUCAACAUUCCCGACAUCGACAGUCAAGCCAGGAUGCAGCUCAAGGCCAAAGAUGGAGGCAAGGACCUGGCCUGUAUUACCUCUCAAGUCAGCAACGGACAAUCACUUUCCACCGCAGGAGUACAAUACAUCGCCGCUGGAAUUGCUGGAGCUGCCUUAGCUGUUACUGGUCUGGCUUCGCUCGCUGGCGCUGGACACCCUGGUGCGGCACAAUCCAGUCCUACCUUCGGCGAUGUCAUCGGAUGGUUUCAGGCCAUGGCUUUGAACGGCAUGAUGAGCGCUGACGUCCCUGGUGUAUACCGCAGCUGGUCCCAGAACUUUGCCUUUAGCACCGGUCUCAUCUACUGGGAGGGAAUGCAGCACUCCAUUGACAACUUCCGUAAGAGCACCGGCGGCAACCUCACCCAGAGCAGUGUCGAAUUUCUCAAGAACGCUACCCUCGUACACGUGGACCAGAACAUGACCUUGACCAAGCGCAGCUUUGACGUCCUGUUCGCUCGCGACGAAUUGAACACGAACGUCAACGAUACUGCCGAAGAGGGAGGUGACAACAAGGUCAUUGUCUACGCGAAGGACAUGCAGGGCUUCAUCCAGGAGUACACCAUCCCCGAUCGUAACGCCUUCAUGACAGUACUACUCAUCUUCGCCAUCAUUAUCGCUGCCAUCACCGUUGGUAUCCUCCUUUUCAAGGUCAUUCUGGAGACAUGGGCACUAUUUGGCAGCUUCCCCAAGAAACUGACCAGCUUCCGUAAGCGAUACUGGUGGACUCUGGCCAAGACGAUUACCAACUUGAUCCUCCUGCUCUACGGUAUCUGGGUUCUAUACUGUGUCUAUCAAUUCAAGAAUGGAGACUCGUGGGCUGUCAAAACACUCGCUGGUGUCACUCUAGCUGCAUUCACCGGAGUCUUGGCAUUCUUUACCUGGAAGAUCUGGAGCACUGCGGACAAGUUCAAGAAGAUGGAGGGAAAGCCGGACGCUCUCUACGAGGAUAAAGAGAUUUGGCGCAAGUACAGCAUGUUCUACGAGAACUACAAGAAGAGCUACUGGUGGAUCUUCGUACCGGCCAUUAUCUUCAUGUUCGCUCGUGGUUGCGUUAUCGCAGGAGCAGAUGGCCACGGUCUCGCACAGGCUGCUGGUCAACUCAUCGUCGAGUCGCUUCUCCUUGUCAUGCUUCUCUGGGCUCGUCCGUACACGCUCAAGUCUAGCACCUGGAUCAAUAUUACCAUCUCGGUCGUUCGCGUCUUGUCGGUCGUCUGCAUUUUGGUCUUCGUCGAAGAACUUGGCAUGAGCCAGACCACUAAGACCGUCACCGGUCUAGUCCUUGUCGUUGUACAGGCUUCCCUCACUGGUGUUCUUGCUAUCCUCAUCGCGGUCAACGCGAUCAUCAUCUGCUGCAAGGAGAACCCUCACCGCAAGAAAAGAAAGGCAGCUGAGAAAGCUCGUGACCUCGACACCCUUACUCCUCUCGACGCACGCAACUCGCUACUCAUGGACCCCCAAGAGUACAAGCGAACCUCGCUUCCAUCGCCGUUCGGUCCCCGCACCGCCGGCUACGACCGCGUUCCUCUCGCGGAUCAGAACACCGCAUACAACGGUUCCGGUGGUCGUUCAUUCGGAGACGACCAAGGGCACUUGCUCGCGGAUGCAUCCACAUUCGGUCGCACAGCAACGCAUGAGCGGAACUUGAGUCGCGAGAGCAGUCCGGGGCGCGAGGCGGAUGUUGGCUUCCACCAACCACCCGGCUACGUGGCCAACGCGCCAUGGCAGCCUCAACAACCACGAGGCCCUCCUGGCCCCUAUGCCUACUAA